CAUGGAGAAGAUAGACGAAAGGGGUCACUUUUAUCUCGGUCCGUCUUCUGUUACGCGCCAUUUUCAAAUUGCUUUACCGCCGGGAUAGUGUCUUAGGGCCGCCUAGGGAAAAGGAAACACCGGGGAGGAGGGGAGAGGCUAACUGGCAUUUACAAACUGAAAUCCACUUCACGAAACACCUGACAUGUUAUAUUAAGAGACCUUUAGGCUGAAUUCAUGAUUUUAAAACAUGCAAACUUAAAUGGUUGCAAUUUGUCGACUUGAGGGCCCGUACGAUUGAAUAUUAUGGCUGGAAAUCACGGCGGUUUGUAACAACAAACGCAAAACAAAAAGUAUAUCUGCUUUCAGUCUUUUUGCUUCCAAGAAAGUAACGCAAUAAUGAGCACUGCUGCAGAAAGAAAAUUUAUAAAUUUAAGGAAACGACUGGAUCAACUGGGCUACAGGCAGCCUUUGGGAAUUGAGUCCUUGCCACUGGUGGAAAAACUUUUUAGUGACUUGGUGCACACAACAGAAAGCUUGCGCAAUGCCAAACUUUCAGUUGGAAAAACAGAAAAGGAGAGCAAAAAUCUGGAUGCCGUGCUUGAACCCUAUAGAACUGAAAAUGCUCGUCUUGUGAGGGAGAACAAUGAGCUCCACCUGGGGCUGCUGAAAAUUAAGGAGGAGAAGGAUAAGCAGAGUAAAGAUUUAAAAUCCACCAUAAGAAAGCUGGAGCAUGAGACGGCGGAUUUGAAAUUCUUGAAUAACCAGUACGUCCAUAAAGUCCGAUCCCUAGAGAAGGACAGUAAGGCCAAGACAGAUAAAAUCCAGCAGCUGCAGGAAAAGAACCUGCAAGCAGUGGUGCAGACGCCAGGUGGUAAGAAAAGAACCAUUCCCUUUAGGCGCCAGCGCAUGCAGAUUGAUCAGACAAUUCCUCCCUCAUUUGUCUCUUCCAUGCCAGUACCCCAGCCUGAUGAUCCAUAUGUGGCAGAUCUCCUUCAGGUUGCUGACAACAGAAUUCAAGAACUUCAGCAAGAAGUAACAAAACUAAAGAAUGAACUGGAGAGAUCUGAGGGAGGAAUAAGACAUCUAAACAAACAGGUUGAAGAAAGAGAUAAAGAGAUAGAGCGGUUGGGCCGUGCACUGGAUGGAGGUCGUCCUCAUGAUGUCAUCUCACUGGAAGCUCGUAAUAAUAGUAGUGAGAAACUCAUUGCUCAUCUAAACUUGCAGAUUGAAUAUCUUCAGCAAGCUAACCGUGACCUGGAGAAGCGCGUCCAGGGUCUGCAGGAGAGGAAACAGACUGUUAGCAGUGAAGUUGCCAACUUAAGUGCCAGAAACGAAGAGCUAUGCCAGGAACUUACUGAGAUUGAUCAUCUGGCACAACAGCUGGAGAGAGACAAAGAAAUGGUGCUGGAGACUGCUGAUAAGGAGCUUCUGGAAGCCAAGGAAGAAAUUAAAAGACAACACAAGGAUAUAGAAGAUUUUGAAGAUUCCAUUGCAAAACUCAAAACUGAACUGGAAGAAUGCCAUCAUGAAAAUGACAAGUUAAAAGAUGAUCUUCUUGACAGCAGAGAACAAAAACAAAUACUUAACAGCUUAAUAAAUCAGUUAGAACAAGAGAAGAAGAGACUUGCAGACAGAGUGGAAAAACUGGCUAUAACUGAAAGAGAGCUAGUGUUUGAGCUGGAGAGAAUGCAGGAUCUGCAUGGUAUCUCGCGGAGAGAUAAGUCCCCAUCCCGCCUAGAUGCAUUCGUGAAGAGUUUGGAAGAGGAGCGAGAUUUCUUCAAGUCUGAAGUUGAAUACUUGCAGAGGAUGGUGAAAGGGGGAGAAAGUUCGAGGCGAGGACAGAGCCCAACACGUGCUUCACCAGUCAGGGGUGGCAGUAAUGAGGCUGAACUCAUGCAAGUUGUCAGGGAGCGUGAUGAGCUUCAGGCAAUGCUGGACAGGUUUGAGAAGCACAUGGUGGAUAUUCAAGCCAAUGUCAAAGUUCUGACUGCUGAAAGAGACAAACUAAGCAUUUUUUGUGAACAGACCCAGGAUGAAUUAAACAGGUUGCGGAAAGAAGCAAUCCGAUCUCCCAAAUCUCAGAAGUCUGUUGCUGUGCCCCAUGCAGUCUUGCAGAGAGUAGAAGAAGAAAGGGAGGAAGCUGUAGCUGAUCUCAGGAGAAUGAUGAUGGAGCGAGAUAGUCUAAGGGAAAGAUUAAAGAACGUUCAAGAAUCAGCUGCCAUUGACAGGGAACAGUUGGAGAAAAGAGAAACGGUGAUGGAAAAUGCUAUUCACACACUUGAAAAAGAACGAUGUGAUCUCAGGGCCCAUGUGACAAUGUUAAAGGAAACAAAGGAAUUGCUUGAGGAUGAGAUCAAGUCUCAGUCUAAUAAAGUAGCUCAGACUUCAGAUGAAGCCUGUCAUCAUAGAGCUGAGUUAAGCUCCCUGAGGUUGUUAAAAGACCAGAUCGAGCACUCUCUUUCAGAUGCCCAGCACCGUCUCUCUGUGAAAGUCAGUGAACUUCAAAAAGCUCAAGAACAAAUCCAAAAGCUUGAAGAAAAAAUAGGUGAUUUAACCAGACUUGGCUCAUCUCAACGGGAAGAGUUGACCAUGCUCCAGAAUACAAUUUCUGCCCUCGACAGGGAAAAGGACAAUCUUCAGGAAACUGUUGAUGAGAAGACAGAGAGACUAGCUGCUUUAGAAGAUAACCUUUCCAACAAAGAAAACACUCUUACUAAUUUGAGGCUUGGUGUUUCUGAAAUGGAAGCUUCAAUUGACCGUCUAAAGGAUGCUUUGAAUAAUCGUGAGCGUGAAAUAACCAGCCUGCGGCGUCAGAUGGAUGCAGCACAUGACGAACUUGCAGAAGUGGGUCGAUCUCGAGAAAUAGCACUGAGAGAGAACAGGAGGCUUCAAGAUGACCUGGCUACCAUGACCAGGGAAAACCAGGCAAUCAAUGCCGAGAUGCAGGAAGCUAUGCAUGAAAAAGAUGAACUGAAGAUCAGGGUGCACACCUACAUAACUGAAGUUUCAAGGAUAGAAAGUUUAAUGGCUGCAAAGGAGCAGGAGAAUCGUGAUCUCUUGGAGAGGUUCCGGAUGGCCUAUGGCCAGGCUGAAAACUGGGAAUCAAAGGUUCAAGAAGCAGAAGGGCACAACAGCUCAAUUAGACUGGAGCUACUUUCUGUAGAUACAGAAAGGAGACAUCUAAGAGAAAGAGUGAACAACCUGGAAAGAGAAAUUCAGGAGCACAUGAGUGCACAGCAAGCAUAUGAGGCACAAAUCUCAUCUGUAGCUAAAAACAUGUCCAGGUUGGAAGAGGAGGUCAGACGAGCACAGGCUGAGAAAUCCUCUGUCUUAGCAGACCUGGCGUCUGUCCGAGAACUUUGUGUUAAACUCGAUUCCAGCAAAGAGACGAUGUCUCGGCAGCUGACUUCGAAAAGCAUGGAGCUUGAAAGGGCCCUCGGAGAACUGGAAGAUGUGAAGUCAGAGACUGAGCUUUUGAAGAAGCAGCUCUCUAGUGAGAAAUUAACCAUUAAGAAUCUGGAAACACUUCUGUCCAGUAACCGUGAGAAGGAGUUUCAAACCCAUCUCAGCUCUCACGAGAAGGAGUCUGAAAUCAAAAUACUCAGGGAUAGGCUCACUCUAGCUGACAGUAAAAAUGCAAGUCAGACAAGGGAAGUGGCCCAACUUCGGAGUAAAGCCACACAUCUGCAAACAGAGCUUGAAAUCCUCAAGAGGCAGUUAACUACAGAAAGAUUUGAGCGAGAGCGUGCGGUACAGGAAAUGCGUCGGCAAGGUCUUUCAUUGUCAUCUUUGCGCAGCUCCUCUCCAUUAAGUGCCUCCCUUAGUCCUCGUUCCCGAUCACCAGAACGCUCCAUACUGAGGACACCAGAAAAAUCAGCUGAGAGGUCCUCAGAAAGAAAUGUGAGUUUCAAGGAUUAGCAGUUUUUUUUUUCUGAUUGAUGACCAGGAUUGUCAAAGAAAUCAUGCAGUUCUACUUCAUCCACUGUUAACUAGCAGCUUCCAAUAGUUAAAUGUUUAUUAAUACCAUAUAUAGAGUAUAUUCCUGAAUUUAAUCUCUAAAGCAACCAUAUGUUUGAUAAACAUUUUUCUAAAACAGAAGUAGUGUAUAAAAUAUUUUGAUGGUUUAAAUCCAUUUGUUACUGUUUGUGUGUGUGUGUGUGUGUGUGUGUGUAUAUAAACAUAGCAGCCCUAGUCACAUGCUGUGCUAUUGUAUAUGUGUGUAAAAGUACUGUAAAGAUAGCCUGAUAUGUUUGUUGUGCAAUUAACCAUAUUCUAAUGCUUUCCAUUUCUUUUUGUUAAAGAUUAUGUAGUUGACUUUGUUGAUUUGAUGAAGGUGAUUAGUGUAUGUAUUUAUACACUUAAGACUUUAUAUUGUUAAAGGAUAUUGUAUUUUGGGGGGAAAAUGUAAUACUUUUAAAUGUAUUUCCUGAUUGAAAAUGAGUGCUGUCAGAUUUUUUACUAAAAUAUUAACUGUAUUAAUACAGUAUGUGGUCUUGUAAAUGCCUGUAUAAAAUAAAUAAAUUAUUAUCA